AUGGAGCUGCUCGAUCCCACCAGCGGCCGACCCCUUCCGAGCGACGCCAUUCAGCGCGUCCUCUUCGUCGCCGGCGUCGUCCAUGUCUACAACAUCCCGCCACUGUCGUCGAUGAAGGGCCACAGCGCGACGAGCUGGACGGCCGAUCCGGCACGGCACAUCUUCACGGCCCGGCUGCGCGUCAUCGAGACGUCGACGUCGACGUCGACCACAUCUUCACCCUCGCCCCCCCGUCAGUCCCCACCCAGCUCGCUAUCCUCGGACGCGGCGCGGGCGACGUCUGGGCUCAAGGUCGACGUCGUCCUCGAGGACCCGUCCUCCGGCCAGCUCUUCGCCGCCGCACCCUACACCGACCCAUCCGCGGUCGAGCCCGUGGUCGACAGCAGCCGCUUCUUCGCCGUCACCGUCCGCGACCACCAGGACCGUCGGGCCGUCCUCGGCAUCGGCUUCGAGGAGCGCUCCGAUGCGUUCGACCUCGCCGUCGCCCUGCAGGCGGCGCGCCGCAACCUCAGGUGGGAUGGCGAUCGGACGAUGCCCCCCUCGGAACCGGCCGGUCCGAAUGCCAGGGAAGAGGUCGUCAAGGACUACAGUCUCAAGGAGGGGGAGACGAUCACGGUCAACCUCGGCAGCACCAAGCUUGGCAGACGAAGACCGGAAAGGCAGGAUGCGGACAAGAGUAGCACGCUCCAGUCCUUUACGCUUCCACCUCCGCCGGGAUCGAAGCCGACGGCGGCGGCGGGCACGUCCUCGAGUGGCGGGUUUGUCCUCCCGCCGCCUCCGAGUGCCAACGAGGUUAAGCACGACACACACUCGCUGCGGGAUCUUGGCUUCGAUGACGGACAGUUUGGCGAGUUUGCAUAG